AUGUCUCUGUUCCUUCUACACAUACCGGCUUGCGCACCUGAUGCUGGCUUCACCGAGUUACCUGGGCCGACCAGCGGAGAGGCGAGCCAUGUUCCCCGGCCGGAUGUGCUCGUACGCGCUCAACCUCCAACGCAAUGUGGUCGCUGCGCCCGCAGGAAACCUCAACCGUCCCUCGGUGUCUAUCCACCCACACCAGAGGCAUAUCUCUGGUCGCCUCGAGGCCAUCUACGAGGCUACAGAUGCCUGAUUGCUGCCGUUUUACACUAUGCAUGUUGUGCUCGUCAACGCAGAAGAUAUCAACUAAUCACUCGUUAUCAUUACUAUAAGCAGAAGAAACCUUUCUCCGCAAUCUCAGUAUAUGUCGAGAACCUCACCUCGGAAACGUACGAAGAGGACGAUCUUGCCGGUGUCCCUGAUCUGUUGGAAGUCGUGAAGCUACAAGGUACUGGGGCACAGGAGGUGGCUCGAGCUCUAAGGAAGAAGCUGAAAUAUGGUUCUGUGCAUCGACAGCUGAGGGCCUUAACCAUCCUUGAUGGCCUUCUUCAAAAUGGUGGAACUAGAAUGCAGCGCGCACUUCUCUCAGAUGGGCCAUUGCUGGAAAGACUCAGAAUUGCCGCAGCGGACCCAACCUCCGACUCAGACGUUCGCGCCAAGUGCAAAGUCCUAUUCGGACAAUGGGUUGCCAGUUCAAAAGACAAUCCCGGGCUUGAAGGAGCCAAGUCACUGUACAACCAAUUACCCAAGACACAAAAGCCUGUGCAGCAGCGACGUGAGCAGAGCAGAGUCCUACGAGAGACGGAGGAAGAAGUUCAACGCGAGCGAGAAAUGGAGUUGGCAAGGAGCAGGCUAGACAGUAUGUCUCCUGUCGGAGACCCGCCCAGUCCUACGAGGCUACGCAAGCAAAGUUCACCCAUCACCCUCGGGCAGUCUUCAAGCUUCGCGCCCAAAAAGGACAAGAAGGACAAGAAGGGCAAGGUGAAAGGCUUCAACCUCGAGCGCGAAAAGCCCAACAUCCUUCAGGCCAUUGCGGCAUCUUCCGUGGCUUCUACCGGCCUGUCAAACGCCUUAAGGCUUGUUAAUCGCGAGAACGAGCGAGUGUCUGACAACGCGGAGGUCAUGAAGCGUUUUGAGACAUGCAAGCAGCUUCGACGGCAGAUCUUACGGUAUAUCCAAUUCGUGGAAACGGAAGAGUUCCUGGGGGGACUCAUUCACGCCAACGAGGAACUGGUCAAUGCUUUGAUGGCGUUCGAGAUCCUAGACAAGUCGAUUGAUGACGAUUCGGACAGUGAGCUUGAAGAAGCCCAGCAUCUCAGCAGGCAAGCCGCCAAAAGUGAGCAGGCUGCUGCGAGAGAGGCCGAGAGAAUGGUGGCGGCCAUGAGCAUAUCUGCUCCACCCAAACCUCCUAGACCUUCUCCGGGCCAUAUCGCUAUGCCUCCCCAACAAAGGUCAACAAGCCAGAAAGCCAAGCAAAUCGAAAGUGACAGCGAAAGUGAGACCGAUGAAGAUGAUCCUGAUGAUCCCUUUGGGGAUAAGAAUGCAAUGAAGACGCCUGACCCCGAGUCAUUGGGCAGGAGAGAAUAUACGUGGCGCGAAGUAUAG